AUGGCCAAACGCCCACCCAACGCUGCGGAUGCGAAGUCAAAGGCUUCGCCUUUUCUUUCCCAACGGGUGGUCACCUGGACACAUGAGAUUUCCCCAGGCGGACGGGAGCUAUUCGAUGAUCCCCUUUUUAUCGGGUAUUUAUUUGGCAUUACAGCUGCCAUGGAUGAGAGCGCUGCCUCAAGGCUGAACCCGCAGUUCCAGGAGUUUUCCUGGCUGCCUCAUGCUCCAAGUUCAUAA